AUGGCUGUUAACCUGUUGAAGACGAUCGCUCUCUUCGCUCUCUCUUCCCUUCUGAUCUUUAAAGGAGCCGUUGGUGAUCUAAUGUGCGAGGAGCUGCCAGUAGAGCUGUGCGCCUACUCGAUCUCCGACGCAGGAAAGAGAUGCGUGCUGGAGAACUACUUGGCCAGGAAAGGGAUUGUGAAGUACCAAUGCAAGACAUCGGAAGUGGUUGUUGAGACGAUGAGCGGAUGGAUCGAGACGGAGGCAUGCAUCAACGACUGCGGCCUUGACAGAAACGCCGUCGGGAUCUCUUCUGAUUACCUCCUCUCCCACAACUUCGUUGCCAAGCUCUGCUCCCAGCCCUGUUCCAGCUACUGCCCCAACAUUCUCGAUCUCUACUCCAACUUGGCUCAAGCCGAAGGUAACAUAUUAUAUCAGCCCAGGAGUUCAGGUGCUGCUUUCGACGGUGGUGCUAUGGGAACUGCUGGGGAAGAAGAUGGAGCUAUUGGAGCCCCAAUCGGUUCUCCUCUGUCUUCCCCUGCUUUUACAUUUGCGGAUGAUGGUACUGCUACUGCAUUUGCUCCUUCUCCUGCCAUCGGCGAUCUGAUAUGUGAGGAGUUGCCAGUAGAGCUGUGCGCCUACUCGAUCUCGGACACAGGGAAAAGAUGCGUGCUGGAGAACUACUUGGCCAGGAAGGGGAUGGUGAAGUACCAAUGCAAGACAUCGGAAGUGGUGAUGGAGACGAUGAGCGGAUGGAUCGAGACGGAAGCAUGCAUCAACGACUGCGGCCUUGACAGAAACGUCGUUGGGAUCUCUUCUGAUUACCUUCUCUCCCCAAACUUCGUUGCCAAGCUCUGCUCCCAGCCGUGUUUCAGCAACUGCCCCAACAUCCUCGAUCUCUACUCCAACUUGGCUCAAGCUGAAGGUAACAUAUUUUGUACAUAA